AGGUCGAGAGUUAGCGGGCUUGCGAGUCCGGUCAGCACUGUUUGCCCGUGCCAAUGACAUCCAAAAAUAUCCCAGUUACCAUUUUUCAAAGUACAUAAACGUGAAGUAUCUGCUCCUCGUUCAAACAACCCAUCUCGAUCCUUCUCUUCCUUCAUUUCGACUUAUUAAUCCUACGAUGCAGCAUCCUUACAACGUAUGGGGUACCCUUCCCAGCGGCUCAUCAUCUGAAAUCCCCCCUUCAAUUUACGGUGCACUUCCCUGGAAUAAUUCUUCCUCCAGUAAUGCUCCAAGCAUGCAUACCUUCUACUUCACGGCUCUCAACCCUUCCAUCAUUAACUGCAUUGUGGUUGGGCUCAACAAUGACCCUCAAUUCUACGUUACAACUGACUCGAAGAUGCCUGGGUACACUGUACUCAAGGCUGUUAAUGGACGGAGUUUUGGGCUUAUUGAAUGGAAAACCGACGGCAGCCAGGUUGAGAUCCGCGGCGUUGUGCCCAAGCAAGCCGCUAAAGAUUUUCUCGGCUUAUCGUCUGAUCAUAGAUACCGAACUAUGCACGUUGGCGGUGGUGACUAUAUUUGGAUGCCAGACCAAAAUGGGAUUCGCAUGUACCUUGCUGGAGAUAUGUCUUCAAAGACCUUAGCCAAAGUCACCCGGGAACCAUCUGGUUUCAAACUGGAAGAUACGUUCUGAAGCAGUCCAAGGCAGGGACUUCUGCAUCCUGCCAUAACGGCGAUUGUUCUUCUGGAGAGCAGGUUGUCCAGUAUGAACGAGCGGGUCUCGUGCGCAGCUCUAUUCAUUCAUG